GCAGACACUCAACAAACAAACGUCCCUCGAAGACCUAAAUCCGCUGCCUAUGUUGCCCCUAUUCCCAAAAUCGGCAGCAUCCCCACCUUCUCGCCGGGGAUCCAGUUCUCGCCGACGGAGCGGCCGAAGCUACCGCCGUUUGUGGGCUCCUUCCUCAUGGGCAAGCCAGUAGAUGAGUACGGCGACAUUGUAGACGAGAAGACCGGCCAGGUUCUUGCACGCGCCGGCGGCGACCUCCCGUCCCUUGUCGGCCGGAAAGUCUCGAACCGUCAGGGCGACAUCUUGGGCGAAGACGGCGAGCUGCUCGGCUACGUCGCCGACAUUGAGAUUGAGCGCAAGGGCAGCGCCGGAUCGUCUAUGCAGUCCCCACACGCGGCGCCCCCGCGCAGCCUGUUUGACAUAAUGGGCAGGAGCAACGCCUCGCUGAUGGUCGAUCACGUCGGCAACAUCCUAGACGCGGGAGGGAACGUGGUGGGCAAGUUCCACGACAACAAUAACCCGCUCCACCGCAAGGAAAGAGAAGAGCGCGAGAGUCAGGGCCAGCAACAGCAGCAAAAUGAGCCGUCAGGUUCUAGAACUAAUAAACCCGAAAGCCCGUUUCCCCCUCCUCCUCUGCCUGCCCCACAGGAGCUGCCGGAGCAGCAGCCGGAGCAGCAGCAGGGGGGCGAGCAGGAAAAGAGCGAGCGGAGGCCGAGGAGAACCGAGGAGGAGAGGAGACAGACUGCGGCAGACUGGAGAAAGGAGAAGCCGGGGGAGAGCCCGUCCGACAUUUUCUUGGAUGUCAAGUCGACGACUGAAGGCAUCCAGCUCACUAUCCGGAUACCUACCGUGUUUGGGGGCGGCCAGCAAGUCCGGCCGAACAUAUCG